CACAGCACAGAGUACAGAUAGAGACUAAGAGAUUAAACUAAGAGACUGAGACAAAAACAGGAUUUCUGGCACAGAGACUGUCAACAUUAAACUAAGAUAGUCAUGGGCAACAGUAAAUCUAAGAGCAAGCUCAGUACAAACACGGUGUGUGUCACUGGACCUAAUGUGAAUUAUAUGAGAAAUAAUUAUGGUCCUGAUUCUGUGUCACAACUAACGUGGUGGGUGACGGAGUGCGGCUUCCCAGACGGCGGCAGUUUUAGCUUAAAGCAGUUAGAAUCGCUGAAAGGUAACCUGACCCAAAUGGAAAAAGAUAAUGUCAGGAAGAAGAAGAACAGGGUAGAAGUAAACUGGACAGCUUUUCACAUGUGGAAGUUAGAGGCUGAGAAAAGGUUGAGAAAAACACAAUCUACUCCAAAGAGAGUAUCAGUACAAAAUGUACAGAAUCCACAAUCAAGUACAAUAAGAAUCUCACAAAGUCUCCAGAGUCUUAAGUGCUUUUCAGAUGAUCCAGAACUGGAUGGACCGCCUCCUGGACCACGUCUGGGAGCGGCUGCGUCAUGUGGACAGGUGCGCACGGACACGGAGGAAGCUCGUGCGCGGCCGGAUGGAGACCCCAUGUUAGUACACCGUCCCUGGACACUAAAGGACAUUGAGCAUGCUCAUGAGCAAGUCCCUGACCCGAGAGAAGUCGGGGGGGAAACGUUUGGUGUGGAGCUGGAACGUUUUUGCAAAGUAUUUCUUCCUACCUCGCUUGAACUGAGGCGCCUGUUGGGAAGAAAACUAGCAACUGACAUAACGCGGAUUAAGUAUGAAUGGCCGGAUGAAAAUCUGUGCAUGAGACACCCAGAUCAUGAGAACGGGAGGAAUGCCACGUACACUAACUUUAUAACGGAAUUACGUGAAGCGUGUAGUGAGGCUUUUCCAGUGAAGAUGGAUAUGACAAAGAUUGCGCUGUGCAAACAGGAGGACGGCGAAACGGUUGCGCAAUAUCUCCAUCGCCUCACUGACGUACACAACGCGCACAGCGGCCUUACUGCCCCACAGGAUAUGAGUGAGGGGGCAGUGACAGCGUACGAGGCGCACUUGAGAAACAGUUUCAUGAAUGGACUGAUUCCAGGAAUAUCUGACAAGGUGAAAAACCUAUGCAUCACGUGGGACACUGGAAAGCUGAGCCUCAUCAUACAACACGCUCUGCAUGCGGAAAAACUGCUGGCGCAAAACAAGCAGGAGCAGGAAAAGAAGAAAGAAGCGCAAACACACAAAGUCCAGCUGACGAUUAUGCAAGCUGUAGCGAGGUCUCUAACACACCGAGGAAGAGGCAGAGGCAGAAGAGGAAGAGGCAGAAGAGGAAGAGGGGGAGACAGUGGAUGUUUUAUUUGCGGAGGACAAGAUCACUGGGCAAACGGAUGCCCCGAGAGAGGAAAAGUGCAUGAGCAUCAACAUCUCAGGUCGAGGAGGUCAGUCCUGAAGGAAUGGGACUUUCAUACCCAACUAUGCAGUCCUCGCGGCGCCCUUGAGCACAAUCUCUCAUGGGAAAGACCUACAGGCCCACCGUGCACUGACCUGGACACCAGACGCAGAGAAAGAUUAAAAAUGGCUCUACAAACCACCCCAACAUUAGGGAUUCCAGAUCCAAACAAAUUGUUUGUACAAACAGUUGAUGAGAAAAAUGGAGCCAGAGGAAAAACCAGCAACCGACAGCUGCUAAGAGGAACGAGAAGGAACAUCAGGGCACACGGUGACGUGCUAGUAACCUCUCCCGUGAGCUCCAACUGACUCUCUAUGACGUGUAAAGUGUCUGAGUCAGAAGAAACCCUGAUACAUAACAGCAGCCGACACUGAGAAGAAGCAGCGUCAUCUGAAAGAGUGACACACACACACACACACACACACACACACACACACACACACACACACACACACACACACA